AGCAGAGAGCAGUUUCAGUUCUCUUGUGAAGUUCACAAGUAGCAGGUGUGUGUGAGUGUGCUGUGACAGAGCUAGCCAGAGACCAGACCCUCUCACUGCACUGGAAACAUCACAUCUGGAUACAGUCAGGACUCGGAUACUGUGUGAACAUGAAGUCCUGUGUGUUCCUGGCCGCGCUGCUGCUGACUGUGUGGACCGCUGUGCAGGUUGAGACCGUGACACACGUGACCAGACAAUUAUUUGCCUGCCAAACUAACGACACACAGCUGGAAAAUGAUUAUGAGCUGGACGAUGACGAGACGUUUCAUAUUGAUUUUGAUAAGAAGGAGGCGGUGCCGAGGAUCCCCGACUUCGCUAAGUUCUGGGUUCCUCCUCCGGAUGCACCAGCACGAGCAGAGGGAAGACGACAGGUCUGCAUACACAACGUGGCCGGCUUUGCAAAAUGCCAUGAAUACCCUCCAGAGGAGCAAGACGCCCCUCGUGUUACACUGUACCAUGAGAAUGAUCUGGAGCUGGGGAAGCCCAACACUCUCAUCUGCUUCAUCGAUGGCUUUCACCCGGCAACCAUCAAAGUGACCUGGACCAAGAAUACCCUGCCAGUGACUGAGGGAGUCACCCUCACCCAGUAUUACCCCAAUAAAGAUUUCACCCUCAACAUGUUCUCGUACCUGAGCUUCACUCCAGAGCUGGGAGAUGUGUACUCCUGCCAGGUCCAGCACAGCGCUCUGUCUGAAACACUCACAACGUUCUGGGAGCCGGAUGUGCAGACAGAUUCUGAUGUUGUGGAGACAGCGUUCUGCGCUGUGGGGCUGACUCUGGGGCUCCUGGGAGUGGCUGUCGGGACCUUCUUCCUCAUCAAAGGGAACAAGUGCAACUGAACCAGGGUUUUCCUUUUGAUGAAGAAAUCCUGAUCUGCUCUGCUCCAGCUUGUGUUUAUGAUUCUCAUUAAUUUAAAUGUCUGUCUGCUGCUGUGGGGAAAAGGGGAAACUAUAGAAGUGCUGUGCAGCUGUUUUUAAACCUCUUGUAAACCCUAAAAACUAGUGAUGCAAUAAAAUAUAAUGGAAAUGUAUCUAGAGCCAUGACAAGAUAUCCCAAGGGGCUUUAUAAAAGUAUACACAAUAACCAGCUGAGUAAACUGAAAGCAGUGUUAAUUGUGUGAGUUGAUAACAUAGAUAUUGUAAAAGCACCAAAUAUUAAUUCCUGGAAUACUCUGGUACCCUAAUAAGAGAGUCGAUGCCGGAUAUGAAAACACAAAACAAAACAUUCCCUCACUGAGCCAUUAUGACAGCACCAGGAACCAGCCUUCAAUAAACUCUAUUGCAAUCUCUGUUCAGACUCUCCAUAAACUGUAUUGCAUCUUCAUCCAAAAAAAAUAAUAAUACCAGAAGUAAUACAGUUUAUUACUAGCAUACAAUAGUAGGUUCUAAAGGCAUACAAUAAUGACAGGAUGUAAUGUUUCAAAUCCCAGAGCCUGCAAUGGGAUGUUGGUUGGAACCACUUCUGCAUCUCCUCCAUUGAUGAUGUAACACGUCCAUAGUGUCUUGGCCUCCACAUUUACACACCAAGUCUUCUUUAAAAUCCAUUCAUAUACCUCUUUUUUUAGCUUUAUUAACAUGAUCACUGGCCCCUCCCUUUAAAAGCAGCGCUGACCGUCUUUAAAAUCCAUUCGCUCACCUCUUAUUAGCUUUAUGAUCACUGGCUCUUUUUCUUGUAUUGAAAAUCUUUUGGUUCUUUGCAUGUGUUUUAGACUCUAAUUUGGAAUAUGCAGAUAUUUAAAAAGAACCUAGAAGUAUAAGUUGGGUACAAACGCUAGUAGCUGAGUUCCACUGCACUCCAUCUAAAAUCAGGUCAUAUAGCCAACAGUACCAUAAAACAAAGAGGUACCAAGAAGAAACAGUUAGGAUUUUUUUUUAUCUACAGAUUUUAUAUGGUAUAAAAAAAACAAGCAACAAACCAUAUUAUUUUCAACACACAAAAAGGAGAGCUGUGAUACAGUUAUGCUGCGAGUGUUAAUAAGAGAUGAGAGAAGUGUUUUUAAAAACCUUGUUAGCACUCCUUUGCCCAAUACAUUAUAUUCAUAGAAUCCAGAUAUUAACUUAAAUCAAAGUUACUUUAUACAAAGGUGACCCCAGUAGAGUUUACAGUAGAUAUACUAAUGUUACUGUAUCUCAAGGAUGCAAUUCCUUCACUCUGACCCAUGGAUGCUUCCCUAGAAUCUCUUCUUUUUUUCCCCCAGGAAUAGCACAGUGUGAUAGCUACUGUGUGGUUUAAAUUGAAAACGUUCCUUAUAGCUUCAUAUUUUACUUUAUGUAUGUGAUGUAUGCUUUAGAGGGCUGAUGCUUUGACAGUGUGUUAUUUAAAUGUGUCUUUUUAAAAGUCUGGUUCUUUUAGGAGUAUAUUAGAUAUACAGUGAAUUGUAAUCACAGUAAUAAUAAGCAGAGGGACUUUGAAGGUGCUUUUUGUAUCUUUAAUAUUGUAAUUUAAAGCUUAACUUCCUUAAAAAAAAUCAAAUUCUGAAAUAAAAAUCAUCAUUUUUUCUUAUUGAAAUUCUGCAUCGUUUUCAAAGAGUUAUUUUAUUUAAAAUAAAAUAUUUUACCUUUUUAA